AUGAAGUUUCAGAAAUUGGAAGACGAUUAAACAUUAAAAGACCAAUAGAAUCUCAAAUAAAAGAAGGAAUUAUUAAAAUAAGAAUUUGAACAUUUGGAAGAAAUUAAAAAAUAUGACAAUUUAUCAAUUGUUUCUAGCAAUGAUUUUAAGUUUAAAGCUGAAUUAGAUAAACUGUUGGAAAUGAAUAGAAGUAAGAAUAAAGAAUUAAGUUUAUUGCUAAAACCUUAAACAUUUUAAUCAUCUAAAUCAUAGAUGGGAGGUUCCUAAUUGUAAACCAUAUCUGGGACUUAUGGUUAGAUUAGAUCGAUUAAUAAUCAUCAUUCGGACCCCUUAUUUGCUACAUUUACAUAGAGCAUUUAUACUAAAGAUACAGAUAGCAAUGAAUAAUAUAUUGAGUAAUUAAGGGUUCAGGAAGAACGAUAUAACGAUUUGAUUUUAGAAGAAUCUGAAAAAAGAGAUUCUCUGGAGUAACAAUUAAUUCAAAUUGAAAAAUCGAAAUUAAUCUUACAAUAAAAAGUAGAAUAAUAUCAAAUGUUAACAAGAAUGUCAAAUAAGAGAUUUGCUAACACUUAAUCUCUAUAGUUUUUAGCAGAAUAAAAAAAGGAAACUAGUAAAGUAAAUUUGAGAUCCAUUAAGGAUGAAUUCGAUUAGAUGAAGAAAAUGCAAGACACAUAUAAAAAAUAAUAAGAAGAAAAGUAGUCGAAUUUAUAGAAGGUCAUUUAUGUUGGAGAAGAGAAUAUUGGACAUAAUGCUAUUAAAAUUGAACAUGCAUUAUCGAUGAAUACCGAAUGUGUUAGAUAAAUUGAAAAAUUAGAAAUAGAAAAACAAAAGAAAAUUGAAAAAAAAUUAGAAAGUCGNUAUACUCGAGAGUAGAUAAUCACAAUAGUAUAUUACUAAAAAAGUCAUAAUCUUGAUUUAUUAAAUUACUCUACGCGAAGUAGAUUUAAUAAUACAAUAAGCUAAUAAGGAUUGAUUCAUAUUAGCCAUUAUCUCCGUUAACUUUCCCCAUAACAGCAAAAUUGA